AGAAGGAAGAAGAGACUCGUCAGUUUGCCACAAAAUGGCAGUACGCCCAUAGACAAGUUCAGUGAUCCGAUAUAAGUUGCAUUAAAAUAAUACACGGGCUGUACUUAAAAUACUUUCAAGAUGGCUUUCCCCGGUUCAAUCGCCUUUGACGAGUAUGGGCGACCCUUCGUCAUCCUCAGGGAUCAGGAUAGGCAGAAACGCCUGACCGGCAAUGAUGCGAUCAAGUCUCACAUUCUGGCAGCUCGCAGCAUUGCAAAUACCUUGAAAACAUCUUUGGGUCCCAAAGGAUUAGACAAAAUGAUGGUUAGCUCUGAUGGUGAUGUAACUGUGACCAACGAUGGGGCCACAAUCCUCAAAAAUAUGGAUGUAGAUCAUGAAAUCGCAAAGCUAAUGGUACAGCUUUCUCAAUCACAGGAUGAUGAGAUUGGUGAUGGUACUACCGGUGUUGUUGUUUUGGCUGGUGCACUGAUGGAACAGGCUGAGCAGCUGUUAGACAAAGGAAUCCACCCAAUUCGAAUAGCAGAUGGUUUUGAGUUAGCAGCUCAAUGUGCAACCAAGCACUUGGAUACCAUUGCUGAGAGUUUCCCAGUUGACCCCAAGAACUUGGAACCUCUAAUUAAGACUGCCAUGACUACUCUUGGGUCAAAAAUCGUUAACAAGUGUCAUCGACAAAUGGCAGAAAUCGCUGUGAAUGCAGUGAUGGCCGUUGCUGACUUGAAAACUAGAGAUGUUAAUUUUGAGUUAAUCAAACUUGAGGGUAAAGUCGGAGGGCGCUUGGAAGACACAAUGUUAGUUCGCGGCGUUGUUAUUGAUAAAGAAUUCAGCCAUCCUCAAAUGCCCAAGAGGCUGGAAAAUGUGAAGCUCGCGAUUCUUACCUGCCCGUUUGAGCCACCGAAACCUAAGACAAAACAUAAGCUGGAUGUAACUUCCGUAGAGGAUUACAGGGCAUUACGUGAGUACGAGAAAGAGAAAUUCACUCAAAUGGUAUCUCAAGUGAAACAAGCGGGAGCAACACUGGCCAUCUGCCAGUGGGGAUUCGAUGACGAAGCCAAUCAUCUUUUGCUCCAGGAACAACUCCCUGCAGUUAGAUGGGUCGGUGGACCUGAAAUAGAGCUGAUUGCUAUCGCAACUGGUGGACGUAUCGUUCCACGUUUCGAAGAAUUGACACCGGACAAACUUGGUUAUGCUGGUCUUGUCAGGGGUUUGUCGUUCGGUACUACAAAGGACCGGAUGCUUGUCAUCGAAGAGUGUAAGAACUCUCGAGCGGUGACAAUCUUCAUUCGUGGAGGCAACAAAAUGAUAAUUGAAGAAGCAAAACGUUCAAUUCAUGACGCACUUUGUGCCGUACGUAAUCUCGUUACUGACGAAAGAAUAGUGUACGGAGGUGGUGCAGCUGAAGUAUCUUGCGCAUUAGCAUGCGCUGCACACGCAGACAAAAUCAGUACCCUUGAGCAAUACGCAUUCCGUGCUUUUGCUGAUGCACUUGAAGCCAUUCCCAUGGCAUUAGCAGAAAACGCAGGAUUGUCUCCUGUGGAUGCUCUUGCCGAAGCCAAGGCCCGCCAGCUGGCGGAGAACAACUCUAGCCUAGGAAUCGACUGCAUGAACUGCGGCACAACUGAUAUGAAAGUACAGAAUGUGAUCGAGUCUUUGAAAAGCAAGCAGCAGCAAAUCUUACUUGCUACGCAACUGGUCAAGAUGAUUCUGAAGAUAGAUGAUAUAAGAUCUCCUAACGAUAACGGCGGAGGAAUGUAAUCAUUUUAGUACAGGGGUCAACAAUUCCCAGUAUCCAAUACAAUUCGUUCUAAUUUUUACAGCACAUUAACUUGUCUUGUUUGUCUUACAUUAAUACGCUUCAUUCGUAUUCUGUUAAAAUAAAAAUCAUACAACUCGCUUAAAA